AAAAAUCACUAGAAAUUAAAUAAAAGGGUACCGAAAAUGUUGAAAGAAAUAUAAUUAAAAAUUUUAUAAUCUGCACAUUUACACAGUUUUUAUAAAAUAUCAUCUAAGUCGAUACAUUAAAAAAAGUAGUGAAUUCAUUAUCUAAAAAGGCAAGAGAGUUAAAAAGUGCGUCUUACACGAUAAAAGACGUUAGUUAAAUAAUGUCGUGACAAGGUAACUUGGCAUUAUGGGUAAAUCCAAUCAGAAUGUAGAUCCGAAGUUGAAGCAUUUAUCCAAUGGAGAAAUCGUAGUUACUAGUUUAGCGGCUGGUGCCAUAGCCGGUGCCUUGGCGAAAACCACAAUCGCACCGUUAGAUAGGACGAAAAUAAAUUUUCAAAUAAGCCAUAAAGCCUACUCAACUAGGAAAGCUUUCAAAUUUCUUGCAGAGACGUUCAAGAAACAGGGACCUUUAGCGCUAUGGAGGGGAAACAGUGCCACCAUGGCCAGAAUAGUGCCCUAUUGUGCCAUACAAUUCACCGCUCAUGAACAGUGGAAGAGGAUUCUAAAAGUUGAACAAAACCAGGGUUCAGAACGGUUAUUUCUCGCAGGAUCUUUAGCAGGGGUCACAUCACAAGCCCUGACCUAUCCCUUAGACUUAGCUCGUGCCCGAAUGGCAGUUACUAAUAAAUUGGAAUAUUCUACCUUAAGACAUGUUUUUUCAAAAAUAUAUUCGCUCGAAGGCGUCAGAGCGUUUUUUAAAGGCUUCAUUCCUACCAUCGUCGGUGUUAUUCCCUAUGCCGGAGUGUCGUUCUUUACCUACGAUACGUUAAAACGAAAAUAUGGAGAACAUAUGGACACCACUUACAUAAUCCAUCCAGUGGCGUCGUUAUUUUUCGGAGCCAUUGCUGGCGUUUUAGGCCAGACUAGCAGUUACCCCUUUGAUAUUAUUCGCAGACGCAUGCAAACCGACACAACAGGAAAAUAUCCUAAUAUGUACCAUACCUUACUCUACGUUUACAAGACUGAAGGAAUUAGAAAGGGCUUUUAUAAAGGACUAUCUAUGAACUGGAUUAAAGGUCCUAUAGCUGUGGGCAUCAGUUACUCCACAUACGACAAUAUACGGGACAUGCUUAGGACGUUUGUAGUGAAAUUCAAAAAAGAAUCUUUGGUGUAACGUAACUGGUUACUAAAAUGAAUUUCAGACUUUUUGUAUUAACUUGUACAGGGCCUUUUAUAUUUCGAAGCACUGCCUAUUAUGCCAAAAUUAAGAAUUAAGGCUACAAAAUAAUUAAAUUAUAUUUUGUGUAGCGUAUUUUUCUAUAAAAUGUUUUAGCAGACCCUGUAAAAAAAUAACAAAAUGUGAAUAUUAUUUGAUAUUAUUUAUAGCUUUUAUAAUUUCAUUUAGGACAGAUCUGUUUUUGUUUCACUGUCGGGGUGUAAUGUAAAAGCAAUUUUAUCGUGUCUGUUAUAGGUAGUGUUUCGUAGAUUGAUGUGAUACUAAGACAAUGCAAUGUUUUUAUAUAUUUAAUGCGAAUUUUAUCAUUGCUUCGAAACGCAGAAAAAAAUAGUCAAUAGUAAUGUGAAUAUGAUCGAAAUCUAUUUAAGUUCUAACCUGUUAUAUUUUUUGAAAAAUUUUAAAUACUUUUUACUUCAUUGUUAAAUAUGUGUACAUAUUUUCUAAGUGUUGUUUUUGGAUUGUUAUAGAUUAAUUAUUAUAAACCUUUUUAGUUUAAA